AUGUCUCGAAACAUCCGUCAAAAAUAUCCUGCAGCUGCGGCUAAAGCUCAAAAGCGCCGCCGCCUUUCGGAUUCUUCCUCCUCUCUUGACCUCUCCGAUGAUGAAGGCUACUCAGCCGUGGAAGAUAUCAGCGACUCUGAGGACAACGAUGAGGAUGAUGUAAUAGCGGUCGAGGAGGAAACAAUACUCUUAGAGGGUUUACCUAUUCCCUCUCACGCUCCUCGACCGCUCUUGGAAGAUGAAGACGACGAAGAAGAAGAAGAAGCAGAAGCAGAAGACGAAGCAGAAGAUGCUGAUGAAGAAGAAGAAGAGGAAGAGGAAGACGACGACGACGACGACGAUGGAGACGAACACUUGGACGAAGAUGCUGACAAUGCAAGCUGGGCUGGCAUCCUGUCAGACGUUGAAGAUGGCCAAGCAUCUGACUUCUAUCACGACUCGAAUCCUUUCGCCUCAGACCCCAUUAUAGAACGACAUGUCCGUUUCGAUAUACCGGAUAGCGAUUCAGACUCUACUGAAACAGAAGAUGACCACGCCGAUCUUUUCCCCGAUAUCUUUGUCUCACAGAAUUCUCUCGACCCUGCGUUCCGCAAAGAGAUUGAACAUGAUACUGAUGAAUCGUCCGGUUCCAACUCCUUUUGGGAUUAUCAUGGCCAUUACGAAGAAGAAGGGGGAGACGACUCGGAGUCAGAAGCUGAAGAAAUAGUCCGACAGCUCCCGGAUGACGAAACCGUAGCUGCCGUGCCGACUCCUGACGCCACCAACGUGCCGGAAAUUUUUACCCCUACCUUUGAAGAAUCCCUAGAGCUUGACGGAUACGAGUCUGAUGGUGACACCACUGAUGAGGAAGACAUUCCUGAGCCUGUCAUCCGCAAGAAGGCUCGACGUCCAUCUAGUGCAUUGAGCGACGAAGCUUCCGACUCGGAGGCGGAUUCGCCUGUCAAAUCAGAACGCGGCCAGCCUCGGGUGGGCCGCUUCAACCUGGACCGGUCUGAUAAGAAACCCAUUGCUGUCCUCAAUCCCUUGACUCGCAAGAUGAUGAUUUUUACUCCUCAUCGACGGAGACAUCUUGACUUGUCACCGGAGCAGUUCAACUUUCCCUGGGCGAUAGAGGACCAGACCACUCCGCUGCUCAGCAACUCGGCCAACAUGAUGCUCAGUGCCAUGUUUUCUUCCAAUACAUUCGGAGACUUUGUCAAUGCUCAGACAAUGGGCCCUGCGGAAGCAUUCUUCCCCUUCCCCACCGAGACCAACGAAGAUGAUAGCUCAACAUCUCCAAGCACGGAUGGCGAGGAUGACGAUGAAGAAAAGCUUGACAUCAACGACUUUAUCACCUUUGGCGAAGCUGCCGAUGACGAAUCAUCUGGCGAUGAAGGUGAUAAUGACAAAUGGGGUGCAUCGCCGAAGCGUCCAGCCACGGCUUCUGGUGACAUGGGAGCGCUGUCACAUCUCAAUUCGAACACUGUUGGCGCCUUCCGCCGCAAUCAAAUUAACCAACAGCUGAUCCUGAGUAGCCAAGCGACUCAGGACUCACUGGCUUUCAGCGGUCCAUACAACUACACCGCCCUGCGAGGUCUUAAAUCUGACCGUUUCGAUACUGCGACCGUGCCCUUGACCCCCAUUCGACGGCACAAGAAGCAAAUCAAUGAAUCGACCCGGAGCUCUCUGGAGUCAACCUCGACAAAGCGUAAAGCUCCAGGCGAAGCUAGCGAAAGUAACCAUAAAAGGCACCGAAGCAUUUCUGACGUGAAUUCUCUACGGAUAUAA